UCAGCAGAAGGCUUCUAUUCCUUACAUCCUUAGCAACGGCGCCCUCUGCAGGUCUAGUCCCUCCUCAGCAACGGUUACCAUGGCUACAGUAUCCCACACAGUAAUGGCUGCUUCCGGUGACAGAGACAGGUAGCUGCCGUGCGUUCACACCUGAGCAGGAUGUUGAGGAGAACCGUCUGGAGGAACACAGUCAGUGAUGCAGUGAGUCUGCAUCAGGGCGAAGCUCUCAGCACCACCAUGUUCCUCCUGAAGCCCUACGGGCCGACAGGAUUCCUGCUCAGAGAGGAAGGACAGGCCAGGAGCUUCAAGGUGUGUUUGGGUGACCAGCAUUCAUGCACCUGCCCCGAGUUCACCAAAGAGCAGGAGCCAUGCAAACACAUCUGCUAGGUUUUGCUGCGGAGAGAACAUGAAUACUCGUUUCAGCGUGGACUCAUGGAGAGGCAGAUCUUGGAGCUGCUUCAUGGUUUACACCAAACAAAAGCCCAGUGGACAGAGUUUGAACCGUCUGCUGCCUCUUUGACCCCGAACCGACCGGACCGGGAGGAAGGAAGGGUUUGCCGGAAAGCGAUCAACGCCCAGGACGUUUGUCCGAUCUGCCAGAAGGAUCUUCUGGAGAGAAAACAGCCCGUCUCCUACUGCAGGUUCAGCUGUGGGAACAACGUCCACAUCUCCUGCAUGAAGGUGUGGGCAGACCACCAGAAUCUGUCUCACCAGGACCAGACGGUGAAGUGUCCUCUGUGCAGGGAGGACUUCAGCUCUCUGAAGUUACUCCAGGAGCAGCAGAAAAACGCAGCCAAACUCUUCAUGGCUACAGAAAGACAGAAACCAGACAGACACCUGGGAGUGGUGUGUCACAGCUGCAGAAUCUGCCCGGUAACUGGAACAUGUUUCAAAUGCACCGUCUGCAGGUAUUUCUAUCUGUGUGAAGUCUGUGCAGAGAAAUGCUGCCACCCUCAGCAUCCGUUGGCUUCACGGACUAACAGAAGAGCAAAGUGGAUCCUGGUGACGGAGGAGCUGAGUGGAGAAGCGACGACAGUGGAAUUAAACCUUCAUUCUCUCUGCUCUGUCUCAUUUUCAAACGUUGAUUUUAGGAUGAUCUUUAGCUUAGUGAUAUUUCAGAGAAUAUCUUUUUUAAACGUCCCUCUCCUCGUCCUCAGCGUUGUUCUGCUGGCUGCAGAUCCAUUACCAGACGCUGUGUUGAAGCGUUUGCCAGCGGUCAGGCUGAGAUCAGGGUCUCGGCUCCUGGAUGAGGGCCAGCAGUGUCGGAUCUGUCUGCAGAGUUUCAUCCUGGGUCAGCAUGUCCGAUCUCUGCCCUGCCAUCACCAGUUCCACUCAGACUGUGUGGAUCAGAUCCUGCAGAAAUCUAACUCCUGUUCUCUAUCCGUGGACUGAUAUAUCAUUUAUAAUCCUUUAACCUGGAGAUCCAAUGAGAGGAAGACCUCCCUGAAGUCGACUUCAAAAACAAAGACGAUACGAAUAUUCGAAGCUCGUCUCAUCCCUUCGCCUUUGGCCCGUCUUGGCUCAUCCCUUCCUGUGUUUCUUGCCAAGCCCCCGACUGGCCAGGUGGCUGGCCGCGGACCUGCCGACUCUGACGUCACGCUUUACUUCAUUGCUUAA